AGUUGGUGCUCUGGCUCCGGCGCUAUCGAUCCGAGAAGCCGGGGCAGCCGAGCAGUGCGCAGACCGCAGCGAUGGAGCAUCACUGAAGAGCUUUCAGUGAAGUCUGCAGAUGAAGAUAAUUCAUCUGAGUCAUCUACAUGACCAAAGAAGCGCGAGCGGCCACGCGAACAGCACAGGCGUCAUAACCAUGCAAUUUAAGUACAGGCGAAUUUGAAGCGAACGCGUCUUCUUCAAGGUUACACCGCUUGAAGACACGCCAGCAUCUUCCUCGUCUCAGGUCAACCGGCGCACGUUAGUGGGAUCGUCACCGGUACGAAUCAUGUCCGUGGAGGAGCAAAGCUACACCGACGCGGCGCUGCUGCUGGAGGCCGGCCCGGAGUGGCUGCGGGCGGAGAUCGAGCGUCUCUCCCGGGAGCUGACCGAGACCACCAACGAGAAGAUCCAGGCUGCGGAGUACGGGCUGGUGGUGCUGGAGGAGAAGCAGCAGCUGAAACAACAGUACGACGACCUGGAGAUUGAGUAUGAUGCCGUCCGACAGGAGCUGGACCAAGUCAAAGAGGCGUUUGGACAAGCUUAUUCCAACCACAAGAAAGUGGCGGCGGAUGGAGAAAGCCGGGAAGAGUCUCUCAUCCAGGAGUCGGCCUGUAAGGAAGCCUACUACGAACAGAGAGUCCUGGACCUGCAGACGGAGAUCCGGCAGACGCGCAACAUCCUUACCAACACCCAGUCUGAGAACGAGCGGCUUGGCGUCAUCUUCCAAGACAUGAAAGACAAUUGCGAGAUGGUGGAACUCCAGAGGAAUCAGCUGCGUGAUGACAUCAAGGAGUACAAGUUCCGAGAGAGCCGUCUGCUCCAGGACUACACCGAGCUGGAAGAGGAGAACAUCUCCCUGCAGAAGCAGGUUUCUGUGCUCAAACAGAGUCAGGUGGAGUUUGAGGGUUUGAAGCACGAGAUCCGGCGUCUGGAAGAGGACACUCAGUUUCUGAACAGCCAGCUGGAAGAUGCCAUCCGCCUCAAGGAGAUCGCCGAACGUCAGCUGGGCGAGGCCCUGGAGACCAUCAAGACCGAGCGCGAGCUGAAGGCUUCAUUGAGGAAAGAGCUGUCUAACUACAUGAACAUCGGAGACAGUCUCUACCACAGUCCUCUCAGCAUUUCUCUGGACGGCCUUAAGUUCAGUGACGAUACCGCCACAGAACCCAACAACGACGAAGCUCUGCAUGGAUACGAGAACAGUUUUGCCAAGCUGGCCAAUGAGAUCGCAGAUGACAACCGCAUCUCUUCACCCAAAAAGGAGGAGCUCUUCUGUCCUGUGCCCAGCCUCGUCGAUGACCUGCUGAGUGAGCUGAACAUUUCAGAGAUCCAGAAGCUCAAACAACAACUGAUGCAGAUGGAGCGCGAGAAGGUCAACCUGCUGUCCAACCUGCAGGACUCCCAAAAGCAGCUUGAACAGGCAAACGGCGCCCUGUCGGAGCACCAGGAGAAAGUCAACCGUCUCACUGAAAACCUCAACGCGAUCCGCAAGCUUCAAGCCAGCAAGGAGCGCCAGUCGGCCUUAGACAACGAGAAAGAGCGCGACAGCCAUGAAGACGGAGACUACUACGAGGUGGACAUCAACGGACCUGAAAUCCUCGAGUGCAAGUAUAAGGUGGCUGUUUCUGAGGCUGGAGAGCUGAAGGAGGAACUCAAGACGCUGAAGGCGGAAUACCAGACCUGCCAGUCCCGCUAUGAUGAAGAACGCACCCGCUUGGAGAACGAUGUCACCACUUUGGGAGAGAAGCUGGCGUCUCUGGAGAAGUCUAGUCAGAUAGAUAGAGAGGAAAAAGCUAAGCUGGAAAAGGAGCUGCGUAAGUUGAGCGAUGUGGCUGGUGAGUCCCAGGGAAGUCUGAGUGUAGCACAGGAUGAGCUGGUCACCUUCUGCGAAGAACUGGCGACCCUCUACAACCACGUCUGCAUGUGCAACAACGAGACGCCCAACCGCGUCAUGCUCGACUUCUACAAGGAGGGCAAGGGCGGUCGGAGCAGCCCAGAGGGCCGCGGCCGCCGCUCGCCCAUCCUGCUCACCAGGGGCCUCUUCCCGGAGCCUGGGAAGGCCGACCUCAGUGAUGGGACUCCCUCACCAGUCUCCUCUCACCCUUCUCCUGUGUCUGACCACCGACGCGAGCCCAUGAACAUCUACAACCUGGUCGCCAUCAUCCGAGACCAAAUCAGACACCUCCAGCUGGCAGUGGAUCGGACGACAGAGCUGUCCCGCCAGAGAGUGGCUUCGCUAGAGCUGGGCUCCGUAGCCGACAAAGACAAGGAGGCCUGCAUGGAGGAGAUCCUCAAACUGAAAUCCCUGCUCAGCACCAAACGGGAGCAGAUCGCCACUCUGCGGACUGUCCUGAAGGCCAACAAACAGACUGCUGAGGUUGCUCUGGCCAAUCUGAAGAGCAAGUACGAGAACGAGAAGGCCAUGGUGACGGAGACCAUGAUGAAGCUGAGGAACGAGCUGAAAGCCCUGAAGGAAGACGCCGCCACCUUUUCCUCUCUUCGCGCCAUGUUCGCCACACGCUGUGACGAAUACGUGACCCAGCUGGAGGAAAUGCAGAGGCAGCUGGCUGCAGCAGAGGAUGAAAAGAAGACCCUCAACUCUCUGCUGAGGAUGGCCAUCCAGCAGAAGCUGGCGCUGACGCAGCGCCUGGAAGACCUCGAGUUCGACCACGAGCAGACCCGCCGGGGCGGCAACUCUGGCCGGGCGAAAGCUCGCAAGGCCGCCCAGAGCGCCGCCAGCAACCCCCAUGUAAGUCAGAGUCUCACCUGCUCUGGCUUGGGCCGCCCGGAGCUCAACAACGUGAUGCCCAACGGCAUUCUGGGAGGCCCCGUGGUCUUCUGCAGUGAGAAGUACAAGAUCUACUGCGAUUGAGAGGCGGCCUAACCGUCCGCGUGGACUGCUGUGUACAGAGGCGAGGAGGGGGGACCCUCCUCGCCUUAGAGUUAAAGAGCCCCACUCGCUCGCUUUGCUCCUGGCCGGCCUGCGCUCGUCUCCAGACUGCUGUUAUACUAACCGGCUGCUGUGUCUGCUAAUGUAAACGCUUCCGGGAAUGCAUGUGUCCACUAGACGCCUGGACUGCAGUAGACAUUUCUGGCAUGGGGGGGUUAAAAAGGGCCCUUGUUGUUUUGGGGGGUUUUGUUGGAGUGUCUAUUCUUUCCAUAGUGCUGUACGUGGAGCGCAAAACGGCGGCAGCUAGAUGGGGCUGCCCGGGCGGCUCGCCCGUCUCCGUAAACACAUCGCCGGGGUAGAAAUUCAUAAAGAGGAAGUCGACGUCGGUGCUCCUUUCAGAAAAAAAAACCGUCGCACAAUCCCCUCCUCCCUCUCCGUCCUAAAAUCAGCUGACUCUGUUUACAACAAUAUUAAUAAGCGAGAAUAUGCAAACUCCCCGUGCUUUUGUGGCUAGGGGAGUGACAAAUUCUAAACUCCUGAGGGGGUUGUUGGGUUUUUAAUCGCAUCUCUGUCUGGGCAGGAAAAGAAAAAGGAGCACCCCAGGUGUAGAUUUCAGGAUCAGUUUUUUUUUUUUUCAAGCUGUGAUGCUAGCACACCGAUACAAUAGGGUCAGUAGAAUCGCAUGGCUUUGCAGCUGAAAAGGCGUAUGAGCUUCUUUUCUUUCCGUCGUUGUUGUUGUGAGGUGUGUUUAUGAGAUGAAAUCAUACUCUACAGGGCUCUACAUUGUGGAAAAAAGAAGAGAUCAUUGAUGAAAAACAGAAAAAACGCGGCUUUUGUCUUCUGUGCGACACCAUUUUGUCACGAUGGAGCCAUAUUCCAACAGAGAAAGGAUGAAAUGUAUCUCUGGGUCUAAAUUAAGUGCACUUCAGCACAGGUGCCUCAGGUUCCUACUUCACCUAUAAUGGGUUCAAAUGACUACUGUGAACAGAGAUACACUAUAGUUUUGUGCAAAUGUUUUUUUUUCUUUAAUUUUUUAAAGAUUCUAAUCAAAAAGGAGCACAAAUAAUCCAGAUGAACAAUUUGCAACCAACCGUCCGUGCGGCAAAAGUGCCUGUUUGACCCAAACUUGAUAUAUUUAUCUACCUGUAAAUGUAAAGCCCUGUUCGCGUGUCUUAGCCUCAGCGGUUUGCCGUUUCCCUCCCCAGAACCCCGCUCUCAUUCUCGUCGAUAAUCUAGAUCGUCACCACUCACCCUUUAAUUAUAAAGAAUAAUUGCGGGGAUUAUAUUUUUGUCAGGUGGUUUUUGCCUCCAUGUAUAUCUCAGUGUUGAAGUGAAGGGCCCUCGCAUGUAUCGACUGCAGAUGAAGAGCCCCUCAUUUCUUUCUUUUUUUUUCUUGUUGUUGUUGACAACAAAACAGUUUUAGUAUUUACGAAAGCUUUAAAACUUUGCAAGCUAGUAUUAAGCAAAUAUAAAAACUAUAUACGAGUGGGGCUUGUGUUUAUCAAAUCCAUGUACUGCUUGUGGAUCGUAGACACACCGGCUUAAAGAUGAAAAAAAAAAAAAAAGCAGGGUUGAUGUGAGGGAAUCCUGCAAGGUUUCAAAAGGUUUUCUACAUAAUCUAUUCUUCAAAUGAUCAGGUAAAAAAAAAAAAAAAUCUUGCAGGAUCCUGCUCAAGUAUUUCUUGAAUGCAAAAACAUUUGAAACGGUCAACCCUGCUUGAGCGAGCAUCAGUAAAGCCAUAGCAACCAGCAUGGAGACGAGGCUAUUGUACACUUUAGAGGAAAUGAACAAAACAAUCUCCUUAGGGGUCAGUCACUCUUGUGUUAGAGGUUCACUUAACAUACAAGUGUGGUAAAUGUGUGUUUGUGUGUGGACGAAAAAAAAUAAAAAAGGUUUGGAGACUUACAGCGAAAAGCUUGAGAACUGCUGACGCCGAUUCAAAAAUAUUUGAGCUCCUUAACGGUAGAUAGAUCUCAGGAUGUGAUUGUGACUAGAAUCCCCCUUUUUUUUUUUUUUUUGGCAUAGGAAUCUGAGCGUCUAGUUUAAAAAAGUCAACUGUAAGGCUCCUCCUACCUCUUCCUGCAGGCUCCUCCCCUCCACACGAUUCACUCCCAUGUAUAGGCCUGCACAUGGUUGACCUGCAUGAGAAAAACAUGUCUCCUUGAGCUUAAUCUGCACUCUCAGGAUGGUUUGUUUGCUUCUCUCCAGCUGUGACUAGCUCCUAACACAACAUCACGUUGCUUUGACUAACUGACUAACCGCUUCUUGGUGUUGCCCGAGCUGCUAAAAAAGUCACAAAAAAAGCUCAUAAUGCUGAUAAUUGCUUUUGUUUUCUCCGUUUUUGCAGUAAUUUACUGUUUUUUCUACGUGGACGACGGAUUACUGACACAGGCUCCUCUCCCGCAGUGAUUUCUGCAAAAAAAAUUACACUUAUUUGGACUUGGAGAAAAUAAAAAGAAAUUCUAUUUUGAUGACAGAAAUUUUUUAAAUAUUCUUACAUUUUUAGUCAGGCAUCGCUGGGGGAAGCACAUUUCUCACCAGGGAUUAAUGAGAAGUCGGGGGAUUUGUGUUUCUCUAUUCAAUUUUUGUUUUAAUUUUCAUUUAAUCUGUGCACUUUCGUUAUAUAGGAUUCUAUUAUUAUUAACCUAAUAGGAAUCAUAGUAGUGCUAUGGUUUGUGAAUUAUCUACUUUAGGAAUCAGAAUUGAUGCAAUUGACUUGAGUAAAUCCUCCACAAACCACAUUUGUACUAUUAUGUCUCCAUCCUCAAGAUUUUAUUCAUCAAAUUAUUCUUUUGAAGUUGCUUUUUUGUUACAUGCAACUUUAUAAUAUGCUGUUUUUUGUUUCUUUUGUGUUUGUUCUACUGCCAUGUUCUAUACAAAAAGAAAAAAAGAUCCAGGGUGAUUGAAUUCUGGGUUUUUUUUCACGUAUUUAUUAUUCCUAGGAAUAGUUCAAAAAUUUACACAAUGAAACUUGAUAACGCUCUGACUCAAAAAAGAAAAAAAAAAGGUAAGUUGUAUUUUUGGGAAAUAUUUGAAGAUGCUUUUCCUAACUUCUUACCGAGGGCGUUCCUUACAGAAACACGAUCGCUGGCCUACAGAAUUCUCUGCAAAUGCAACAAUAAAAUUCCAAAUUGGAAUUGUUUCAUUCUCUCUUUGUUUAUCGUGCCAAAUCUUGGCACACCGUUUAGGUCGAAAAGAAUUGAGACUCUGAAAGAAAAAAAAAACGAACUGACAUUGGGAAAGGCACGCUCAAGCGCCUGGGUUUUGCUUUUUUUUGGUUUGUUUAGUUCAUUUCUUGACCAGUAGUGCCUUUCAUUGUUUCAAGGGAGAAUCAUAGAUUUAGUAUUUUAAGUUCCUCUUUUUUAUAGGUGAGGACUUUAGGGGUUUGAACUGUGAGCAGCAAUAAAACACAAAAAGGGAAUGCCCCCUUUUUUCUGCAUGAGUGAGAUGAUAGUUUUUAAAUUAGCCUAAUAACCGUACAAUUGUAUUGAAUUGUGCAGGUCAGCGAUCGAUCAAGAAAUUCAGGGGUAUUGUUUUUUUUUUUGUUUGUUUUUUUCUUUUUGUGAAGCAAACUUUUGGAACCAAAAACAAAAAAAACAACAAGUUUGGCCUCCUGUUAUUGAACAAAACCCUCCACGUCUGAAUGCGUUGGAGCACAUCAGUGUAUUAAUGGAGACAUCCGUGUAUCUCUAGCUCUGUAUGGUGAAGGUAAUGUGAUCGCAAUAGUGUUGUGGGAAAAAAAUGUGCAGAAAGGCGCAUUUUUCUCCUUUUUUUGUUUAUUUUUAAUUUUUUUAUAAUACUCUUGAGUUUGUUUUUUUAUAUUGUCAUUUUUAAAAAAUGUAUGUUUUCAGGAAACAGAAAACAAAACCUGCAUCAACAAGCUGGAUUAGUGCCAUUAUAAGCCAGUGCUUGCUUGUUGAGGCGUUAAAAGAAACCGAUACGGAAAAGAAGCCGAAAAGUCAAAGUGCAAUUCAGAAACUGUUUCAAGUUUUUACACUAUUUUAAAUAAAAGUUUUCUGUUUGCUGGAAGCGACAGCAUUGUAAUAAUGAAAGUAGCUUUGCAAACUAUUGUCAUAUUGUGUUUCAGUAUUGAUCCAUAAUAAGAGUUUGAUAUCUUUAUAUGAAAUAACGACUUCACUCGUAUGUUGGUAUUUAUUUGAACUGUCACACGUUACUGUAUUCUUAUCGAUAAUGUGCAUUAUGAUUAGUGGCAUAUUAAUUACUGCUAUAUGUCAUAUGCAUGUUUCUCAGUGAUGAGACCUUUACACAGAAAGGAAAACAAACAUGGAAACUUUUGUCAAAAUUUGAGGGGGGAAAAAGUCUAAUGUGUUACUACUAAAGUAAUCCUCGGAAAGUGUUUUGUUUGUUUUCUAGAUAAGUGGUGAAAUGGCUGUGUAAGGGUAGUCUUACUGAUUAAAAUCAAUAAAUGUGACCUAAGUCCUAA